AUGAAGAAGUACGGACUCCAGCUUCGAUUUCCGCCUACGCAAAAGACCUCGAAACCAGCUCCUCCUCACCCUCCCCCUCCUCCCUUCGCUUUCGGCGGCGGCGACGACGAGGAUGACAUCGAGAGGGAAAUCUCACGGCAGGCAUCCAAUAACAAGUCUCUCCAGAAGAUCGAGGAGCAGCACAAAAAGGCAAUGGAAGAGGAUCCCUCGGUCUUCGACUACGACGGGGUUUAUAACGAGAUGAAAGAGAAGAUUACGCGCCCCAAGGUUCAGGAUCGAACGAAGAGAAAGUCAAAGUAUAUAGAAACACUUAUGGAGAAAGCAAAACAACGUGAGCGGGAACAUGAAAUUGUAUAUGAGAGGAAGCUGCUGAAAGAGAGGAGCAAGGAUGAUCACCUUUUUGCAGAUAAGGAAAAGUUUGUAACCAGUGCCUACAAGAAAAAGCUAGCAGAACAAGAAAAAUGGUUGGACGAAGAGAGGCUGCGCCAAAUUCGUGAAGAAAGAGAUGAUGUAACCAAGAAGAGUGACUUACGCGAUUUUUACUUUGGGCUCGGUGAGAAUGUAGCUUUUGGUGCUCAGUCAGAAGAUGCCACAAAACGGAAGGAACAAAAGCCACCCGGAGGCACUUCAGUGGUACCUGAACAUGGCCCUACUGAGAAGAAUGUACAGACAGAUUAUACUCGAGAUACAGAGAAAGAUGAUACUCAAGCCAAGACUUCUAGUCAUACACAGAACAACUCUGAGCAAGUUGCAAAGUUAACAACAUCAGAUGUUACUGUAAAAGAUUAUGAUGAUGGUGAUAAAUUGGCAGCUGUGGAUCAAUCAACUGAACGUUACACGAAAGGUGAUGACGCAUUGGCUUCAGCAAGAGAGCGUUUUUUAACUCGAAAGAGAGCAAGACAGCAGUUGGAAAGCAAUUGUUUCGUCUCUAUUUAA